AUGGCCAAUUCUCUUGCUACUUCUUCUAGUUCUGAUUCUUCUAUAAAUAUAAUUGAAGAAGCAGGACAUGAUGAUGACCACCAAGAAAACAAUGAUGAAAUCAAGACAUUGAUGUCCAAUAUUGAGAAAGAAGUAGAAACGAGGGCGGAGCAAAGCAUUUUCUUGAUCUUUUACGAUGUGUCCUUGUCCCAUCAUCUCCAACUACAAGGAGGAAACAUUGUGAAGGGUAUUUGCCGCUUACGUAUUGACAUAGAGUUUGAUGUAAACAAGGGACUAUUGACAAUCCCAACUAUCACGAUCUUCGACGACACAGAACUCUUCCUAAGAAACCUCAUUGCCUCUGAAAAAGGAGAAGUCUGUAUUGAGUAUUUCACAGCCUACACAGUCUUCAAGGAUUGGCUCAUUGACACCGCCAGAGACAUUGAGUUGUUAGAGCAAAAGGGAAUUAUUAUAAACAACCGUGGCAACCGAGAAGAUGUGGUGACCUUAUUUAACAACAUCGGCAAACAAGUUGUGGCUAGAGAACCUUAUUUCUCUGGUGUUGUUAAGGAUUUGGAGGAGUAUCACAAUAAAACAUGGAAUAAAUGGAAGGCAAGUCUGAGACAUGACUACUUCAACACGACAUGGUCAUCAAUUUCAGUCGGUGUUGCUGUGUUUCUCAUCGUCUUGACUGUAUUACAGACUGUUUUUUCCAUCUUAUCAUUUUACUACUCAACCUAA